UCUGAACCUGAAAAAAUAAAAAGCCAAAUCCCGAAAGUACAAAAAGCCACACUAAUCAAACUCUCUCUCCUUCUUCUUCUUCUUCACAGCGAUAGCCAUGAGUGAAAAAGAGCCUCUGCAAGCACCACCUUCACGUGGCUUUGUGGACACAGUACAAGAAAUCACCAGAAUCUAUAGGUCACUGCCACGUAGACCCUCUAUUGAAGAGGUGGAAGCUGCCACGUCCACUGUGGAUACCCUCAACAACGAGGAACAAACCAAACUCCAUGAAAUCUCAAUGCAACAACCACCCCAUGAUGUCCCUGAGGACCUCUUCUCUGUCCUGCAACAACUCAAGAAGACCAUGGUUUUGUUCCACACGCACCAGCAGAGGAGAGAGGCACUUCACCUUCUUCAGCUUGAAAACAUGUUUCAAACCUUCGCUGAUCUCAUUCAGAAGGCUUCUGAAUUGGUUUCUGGAGAUAACCAGAAACAGAAGCAAAACCUUCCCACAAUAGAUGAAGAACAUGUGGUGAUCACUGAUGAAACUUUGGUGAAGGAAGAGGAAGAACCACACAAGGAUGGUCUCCAACCAGUGAAGCCUUCCUUUUCUGCAGGUGAUGGAAGCACUGAGAAGUUGAGUCUAAUGAAUGUGGCUACUCUUAUUGAGAGUUGUGCUGGUAGUGGAGCUGCAACCCUUGAGCUUAGUGGGAAGUUGGUGGAUCAGAUGGAGUGGUUGCCUGUUUCAAUAGGGAAAUUAUCUGAUGUCACUGAAGUGGACAUAUCUGAGAACAGACUCAUGGCUCUUCCAACAACCAUUGGGGGUCUCAAGGCCUUGACAAAGCUUGAUCUUCACUCAAACCAACUCAUAAACCUUCCCCAUUCAUUUGGUGAAUUGAUAAACCUUGUUUAUCUUGACCUCCAUGCCAACAGAUUGAGAUCACUUCCUGCUACUUUUGGAAACUUGACAAACCUCAUUGAUCUGGACUUGAGCUCAAACGCGUUCACGGAUUUACCAGAGAUAAUUGGGAACUUGAGCAGCUUGAAGACAUUGAAUGUUGAGACCAAUGAGCUUGAGGAACUGCCUCACACAAUUGGCAAUUGCUCAUCUCUAUCUAUGCUCAAGUUGGAUUUCAAUCAGCUCAAGGCCCUUCCUGAGGCACUUGGGAAGCUUGAAUUGUUGGAGAUUCUCACUUUGCACUAUAAUAGAGUUAAGAGGUUGCCUUCCACAGUGGGUAGUCUCUGCAAUUUGAAGGAACUUGAUGUUAGCUUUAAUGAACUCGAAUUUGUGCCAGAGAACCUGUGUUUUGCUACUAAUUUGAAGAAAUUAAACUUGGGAAAAAACUUCGCUGACCUAAGAGCCUUGCCAACAUCAAUUGGAAAGCUUGAAAUGCUAGAGGAGUUGGAUAUAAGUGAUGAUCAAAUAAAAACUCUACCCGAGUCUUUUAGGUUCUUGUCCAAGUUGAGAGUUUUUCGGGCUGAUGAGACUCCCCUUGAGAGUCCACCGAGACAAUUGGUCAAGUUAGGUGCUCAGGAAGUUGUGCAGUAUAUGGCUGAUUUUGUCACCAAGAGGGAUGCAAAACUUGUGCCAUCAAAGAAGAAAAAGAAGGGGUUUUGGUUCUGGUUUUGCUCCAUGUUUUGCCCUCAGCAGAAAUGAUUCUUUGGCAAAAUCUGUUUUAAUUUAUGUUUCUUCAGGCUAUAUAUUGUUUGUACGGUGCAUAUGUUUGGAACAUCUUGGUUUUCCUAAUAACAUGAUCUGUAAUUGUGGAUUUGCAUUGUAAACUAGUGUUUUUGACUUUGAUCUUCUGUUAACCAUGUGUAGUAGACUUUCUGCUGAUCUUGUAAUUUGUAACUAAAAAGAAAGAUAUGGUGAUACCAAUGCUGUUGUGUUCA